UGCUUUUGUUCUUUGCUGGUUCUCCUAUUGUUUCCCAUUUUUUUUUGUUUUCUCUUCCUCUUCUGGGUAGGUUGAUUUCUGUAUCCUACCCAGAAUCCAGACCCAGCUCACAAAACUUAGAUCUCCGACCGGUUCUUACCCAGAUUGUUUUUGCUGUCUUCCGUCAUUUGGGUUCAUCAUAUUCUCAAUCUUCUUCCUGUUUGUGUAGCUGAGUUCACAGCCUUUGGACUCAGCGCCGCUUUACUAUUGGAUCCGUGUAUCUGAGAGCUCUGUUUGCGGGAUUUGAAUCUGUCAAUGGGCGCUCUGGAUGAGGGGCACUUUGCUGGAGAGCUUGAAAAUGGAGUUAAGUUAGGAUCUUUGGAGUUGGAUUUGAAGGACGAAUCAGAAACUACUGUCGAAAUCGAAGACGCUGUGAAGGUUCUGUUGCAGGGUCUGGGGGAGGAUUCCAAUAGGGAAGGUCUUAAGAAGACUCCGCUUCGCGUUGCCAAGGCCCUUCGUGAAGGAACCAGAGGUUACAGACAAAAGGUAAAAGAUAUAGUUCAUGGUGCCUUGUUUCCAGAAGCUGGUUUGGAUAGUGUAGUAGGCCAGGCAGGAGGGGCAGGUGGGCUUGUCGUUGUUCGAGAUCUUGACCUCUUCUCGUACUGUGAGUCAUGCUUGCUUCCAUUCCAGGUUCAGUGUCAUGUUGGAUAUGUCCCAUCAGGGCAACGGGUGCUGGGCCUAAGCAAGCUUUCCAGGGUAGCUGAUGUGUUCGCAAAGAGACUUCAAGACCCACAACAUCUGGCUGAUGAAGUAUGUUCAGCUUUAUACAAUGGAAUCAAACCAGCUGGGGUUGCAGUUGUUCUCCAGUGUUGGCAUAUUCGGUUCCCGGAAGUAGGCCAAAGCUUUCCUGACCAAAGUCACCACUCUGCUAAAAUGGGCGUGCAAGGUUGGGUGAGGACCUUGGUUCAUUCUGGUUCUGGAGUUUUUGAAAAUGAAAAUGGAGAUGUGUGGAGUGAUUUUCUGGCUCUUCUGAAGUUCAGAGGUGUAAUUGUGGAGAAAAACCAUACCCAAACUACUACCAGCCUGUGUUGGUGCCCUUCUAGGUCUUUGGAUGUGCCAGUCUCUAACGGGCACUUAAGUACAAGGAACUGCUGCAAGGUUUCCUCCAAGACAGGAUCUUCUCAGUCUGCCAUGAUCUCUGCUGUUGCUGCAAUUCUUCGCUCUUUGGGUGAAGACCCGUUAAGGAAAGAGCUUGUUGGCACUCCCCAUCGUUUUGUGCAGUGGUUGAUGAACUUUAAGAAAUGUAAUUUAGAGAUAAAACUUAAUGGUUUUGGUCCAGCUAAACCCAAUAUGUUUGAAGAGAAUGGAAAUGCCAGCUGCAAUCAAGAUGAAAUGCAGUCUGAGCUGAACAUCCCGUUCUGUUCACAGUGUGAACAUCAUCUCUUGCCUUUCCAUGGUGUGUUGCACAUAGGAUAUUUCCAAGCCGGUGGAGAUGAACCAAUUGAGAGAUCCAUUUUGGAAUCGAUAGUACAUUUUUAUGGUUGCAAACUCCAAGUACAGGAAAGACUUACCAGGCAGAUUGCUGAAACAGUUUCUUCAGCGUUUGGUGUAGAGGUGAUGGUGGUUGUGGAAGCCAACCACAUUUGCAUGAUAUCCAGAGGAAUUGAAAAGGUGGGAAGUAGUACUGCCACCAUUGCGGUACUCGGUAGAUUUUCAACUGAUCCCACUGCAAAAGCAAUGUUUCUACAGUCUGUUUCAGACAGUAAAACUUCUGGAGAAUGAUAAAUUUGUAGCUUUUUCCCCUUCUUCCAUGCUUUUCAAUGAUUUUUUUUCUCGAAUUGUUUACUUCCUUUUGUAUUGCUUUUUUUCCCCCUUAUAAUUAUUCCUUCCCUUCUUUUCCCUCUGUUUUUGCUUUCUGCAAUGAUGAUGUGGGCAUGCCAAGUAUCAGUCAUAAGCAAGAUCCUGCUAUUGAUGAAUGGAUGGCAGAAAUCUGGGUAUUUCUCAAAACUGUUGUUGAUGGCACAAGAGUAACUGAAGUCAACCUGGGUAUGACAGCUGAAGAUCCAUUUGGUUCAAGCCUCUUUCAUGUAUCUUUUACUUAUAGCACAAACCUUAAUGAGAGUUAUAGGAAUCUUUUCGUUUCAUUGGUUGUCUUUUUGUGCAACUUAUAAUUCUGAGAGAAGUUGAUUUUUAACAUAUAUGAUUUAGUC